AUGGAGCACGAAAAGAUUGGCGACUUCCUGCAAGAUCAGCGCGACGAGGCCCCUGAUGACCUGCAACAUUACUUCUUGAGCUUUGAAGAUUCGUGGGAGCGCAAGCUAUGGCAUGAGCUCACCAAUCAAUUGGUCAAAUUCUACGCUGAGCCGGAGAGCGCCUCGCAGAGAAUACCUAUUUACAACAACUUCGUCAAGAGUUUCGCGGACAAAAUCAACCAGUUAAAGCUGGUCACAAUUGGGCUGAGCACUGCUUCACAAUAUCGAGCUGACAAGGAACGACUUGCCUUCCUUACGACUUUGGCAAAACGAGUAGACAAACCGGCAUCUCAGGAUGCACACGUCUACGCUCUGACUUCGGUUGCUAGCAACCGACUACGACUCGGCGAUAAGGAAGGGGCCCGCAAAGAUCUCGAUAAAUGCGAGUCGAUCCUUGACACCUUCGAUUCCGUCGAAACCGUGGUGCAUGCCAGCUUCUACCGCACCCGCGCAGUAUACCACCAAUCACAACUCGAGUUUGCACCCUACUACCGGACGACACUACUCUAUCUGGCUUGUGUAGAAUUGGACGAUUUGACGGCGGAAGAGCGACAGCGCAUUGCAUACGACCUGUCCAUUGCUGCCCUGAUCAGCGACACCAUCUACAAUUUCGGCGAGCUUCUCCUACAUCCCAUCCUUGAUAGUCUCAACAAGACGCCACUCUCUUGGCUUCGCGACCUGCUCUUCGCCUUCAACCGGGGCGAUCUGCAGGCCUACGAUAUCUUGCAAGCACACCUCAAAGCCAACCCACUUUUCGAGAAGCACCAACAGUUCCUCCACCAAAAGAUCUGCCUUUCUGCAUUGACUCAACUAGUCUUCUCUCGACCUCCACAUGACCGAAGCAUGACCUUCGCAACAAUCAGUGAAGAGACGAAAGUGUCGCACGAUAACAUCGAGCACCUGAUUAUGAAGGCUUUGAGCUUGGGACUUCUCCGGGGCAGCAUCGAUCAGGUUGCUGAAGUUGCCAACAUUACUUGGGUACAGCCAAAGGUCCUCGAUCGAACAGGCAUCGAAGGCAUGCGGACUCGUCUGAAGGAGUGGGACACCGGCGUCGAGAGGCUGGGUAACUGGAUCGAGGGUGUCGGGCAGGACGUUUGGGCAUCAUGA